AUGAUAUAAAAUAUAAAAUAGUUUUAAAAUCUAGAAGAUUUUUUAAACUCUUAGCUUUAAUUUCAUUAGGUUCUCCAUAUUACUCUAAGUCGAAGGGAAAUUGAUACAGUUGGCUCAAUAAGCUUAGGUUAUGCUUUGUCAAAUUGCAAUAAUCUCACAAAUUUGAAUCUUUAUCUUAAUGGCUAGGAAAUUGAUGAUUAAGGUGCAUAAGGCUUAGGUUAUGCUUUAUAAAAUUGCACUAAUCUCUCAAAUUUGAAACUCUAUCUUAUUAACAAUAAAAUUGGUGCAAUUGGUGCAUAAAGCUUAAGUUCUGGUUUAGCAAAGUGUACUAAUCUUUCAAAUUUGGAACUUUAUCUUGUUAGCAAUAAAAUUGGUGCAAUUGGUGCAUAAGAAUUAGCUUCUGGAUUAGCAAAGUGUACAAAACUCUCAAAUUUGGCACUUUGUAUUAGUUGCAAUGAAAUUGAUGAUAAGGGUGUAUCAGGCUUAGGUUAUGCUUUAGCAAAUUGCACUAAUCUUUCCAAUUUGGAGCUAGAUCUUAAUUACAAUAAAUUUGGUGUAAUUGGUAUUUCAGGCUUAGGCUUUGGUUUAGCAAAUUGUACUAAUCUCUCAAAUUUGACACUUAAGCUUUGCAAUGAAAUUGGUGACGAAGGUGCAUCAGGUUUAGGUUCUGCUUUAGCAAGCUGCACUAAUCUCUCAAAUUUAACACUUGAUCUAAGUUAUAAUAAAAUUGGCUGUCAAGGUGUAUAAGGCUUAAGUUCAGUUUUAGCAAAUUUCUCUAAUCUCUCAAAUUUAAAACUUAAUCUUGAAGGCAAUAUAAUUGGUUUUGAAGGAGCAUUACACUUAGGUUCUGGUUUAGCAUAUUGCACUAACCUCUCAAAUUUGAUGCUUAAUCUUAGUAAAAAUUAAAUAGGCGAUUAAGGUAUAUCAAGCUUAGGUUCUGGUUUAGCAAAUUGUACUAAUCUCUCAAAUUUGACUCUUAAUCUUAAUAAUACUUUAAUUGGUACAAUUGGUGCAUAAGGUUUAGGUUCUGGCUUAGAAAAUUGUACUAAUCUCUCAAAUUUGUCACUUAUUCUUAGUUGUAAUGAUAUUGAUAAAAUUGGUGUAUAAGGCUUAGGUUCUUCAUUAUCGAAAUGCACUAAUAUCUCAAAUUUGGUACUUGAUCUUGGAUAGAAUUUUAUUGGAAAUUAAGGUGCAUAAGACUUAGGUUUUGCUUUAGCAAAUUGCAUUAAUCUCUCAAACUUGGAACUCUAUCUUAGUGAAUACUAAGUUACUUCUAUUGAUGUUUUAACUUUUGCUUUAGCAAAUUGCACUAAUCUUUCAAAUUUGAAACUAGAUAUUAGUUACAGUUAAAUUAAUGUAAUUAAUGUAUAAGGUUCUGCUUUAGCAAAUUGCACUAACCUCUCAAAUCUGAUAUUAAAUAUUAGCUGCAAUGAAAUUUAAUAAAUUGAUGUAUUAGGUUUUGGUUUAGCAAAUUGCAGUAAUCUCUCAAGUUUGACACUUGAUCUUCAUGAAAAUUAAAUUGGUGAGGAAGCUGUGUUAAGCUUAGGUUCUGAUUUAGCAAAUUGCAAAAAUCUCAAAAAUUUGACACUUGAUCUUUGUAAAAAUUCGAUUAAUGCAAAUGGUGCAUCAGGUUUAGGUUUUUCUUUAGCAAAAUGCACUAAUCUCUCAAAAUUGGCACUUAAUCUAUCUAAAAAUCUAAUUGGUGAUUAAGGUGUAUCAAAUUUAGGAUUUUCUUUAGCAGAAUGCUCUAAUCUCUCAGACUUGACUCUUUCUUUUAGAUAAAAUUCAAUUCAUGAUGUAGGCGCAUCAAGCUUAUGUUUUGGUUUAGUAAAACACACUAAUCUCACACAUUUGACACUUAAUCUUUAAUUUAACGUUUUAUCAUAAGCAUUCAAAGUAGAAAGCAAGCUUCUUAAAUCAAAAAGACUAGUUGUCUUUAAAUUUAAUUCAUUUUUGUGA